AUGAAAGUCUGGAAAAAUGCUGUCGGGGCUAAAAGAGGAACUUUUUUGAUACAUCAAGAAUCUAGUGGCCACAAGGACGCUUUGCUCAAAUCGUCGAACUUUCUACAAAUCAUUGAGGGAGGGGAAAAAAACAUCAAGUGUAGUAUUUCUAAGGCUUACGAAGAUAAUAUUAAGAAAAAUCAACAGAUAAUUCUCAAUAUUAUCGACUUUAUCGUAGUCAUGGGUCAACGUAACAUACCACUUCGAGGUCAUAAUUGGGAUAAAGACGCUAAACGUGAAGAUGGGAAUUUUGAUUUUUUUGUCCAUUGGAAAGCCGAAGACAAACCCGUCCUCAAAAAACAUUUAGCUACAGCAGCAUACAAUGCAAAAUAUUUGAGUCCCGACAUUCAGAAUGAAGUUAUUGCAAUCGCUGGAGAUGAGGUGUUAAAAGUCAUUCUGUCAAGAGCUAGAUGUGCCAAGUGGUUUUCUAUUAUGGCAGAUGAAUGUACAGACGUGGCAAACCUAGAGCAAAUGGCAGUCUGUAUUAGAUUUGUUGAUGUGAAAAGUAUUGGGAAUGAAGAUUUCAUUGAAUUUGUCCCUCUAGAUAAGGUAGAUGCAGCAUCCAUAUCAACAGCCUUGCUUAAGAUAAUGGAGGAUUGUAAAUUAGAUUUGCGAAAUUUACGGGGUCAGGGAUAUGACGGAGCAAGAGUGAUGUCUGGGUUAAAAUCUGGUGUAAGUGCCCGAAUAAAAGAACUACAACCCCGUGCAGAAUACCAUCAUUGUAGAGCACAUGCCUUAAAUUUGGUUAUUUCGUCAUCAUGUAGAAGUGUUGAUAUGAUAAGAACCGUAUUUGAUGAUGUUAAUCAAUUAACGUGGUUCCUUGGUGGCAGUCCAAAGAGAACAGCAAUUCUUAAGCGACACCUGCCCGAUGCAAAACAAGUUGAUUAUUUAGUAGGGGAUACCGAUGACGAGAAAGUUGAGAGUAACAUCAAUAUUGCAAAUGCCUUUUCCAAGAGUUUGCUUCCGAAAUUGUGUGAAACAAGAUGGUCUGCUAGAGUUGACACACUGUCCGUUAUUUUGGCUAAAUACAAGGCAGUUCUUGCAUUUCUUGAAGAUGUAAGAAAGGAGAGUACGGCAACCGAAGCUCGCACAAAAGCCACUGCAUUUAUACAUAUGAUGGAGAAGAGCACUUUUGUUGUUGCAAUAGUAAUUGCCCAUCAUAUUUUAAGUUAUACAAAGCCCUUAAGUCUUGCAUUGCAGAAUGCAAAAUGUGAUGUGUUCAAGGCCUUCACAGAUGCUCAGACAUGUAAAAAGGUAGUUGCUGCUCAAAGGUCGGACGAAGUGUUCAACAGAUGUAUAUGGAUGAAAGCAGCUGCGAUCGCCGAGGGCAUAGACAUCGAGCACGGUAAACCAAGAACAGUUGGGCGAAUGUUACCAAGCCUCUCAGUUCCAUUUUAUUGA